AUGCUGGCUCAUCCGGAUCCACCCUCCCCGCGUGCAUGGUGGAAGUCAGCCAUCAUCUACCAGAUAUACCCAACAUCGUUCUUUGAUUCCAACGGGGACGGCAUUGGGGAUUUGAACGGCAUCCAUGCGAAGCUCGAUUACUUGAAGGACCUCGGUGUCGACGUCGUCUGGCUAUCACCCAUCUACUGCUCUCCCCUGGCUGAUAUGGGGUAUGACAUUUCGGACUAUCGCAACAUCGAUCCGAGAUACGGUACAUUGGAGGAUUGGGACAACUUACUCCAGGGAGCCCAUCAACGUGGGAUGAAGCUAAUGUUAGGUCACCGCUUUUCCUCUUUCACACCAGUCAAUCACACAUCGGAUGAGGACAACCCAAAACGAGAUUGGUACAUCUGGCGCCCAGGAAAACAAGUAGACGGAAAGCGAUUGCCACCAAACAACUGGAAGUCCGUGUUUCAAGGUUCCGCGUGGGACUACGACGAAAAUACGAAGGAGUACUAUCUCCACCUGUAUGUAAGUAAGCAGCCAGAUCUCAAUUGGGACAACCCCGAUGUACGUGAUGCCGUCUGGGAUGUCAUGCGAUUUUGGAUCAAUCGAGGGUGUGAUGGUUUUCGGAUGGACGUAAUCAACAUCAUUUCCAAGGUGGAGGGUCUGCCAGACGCGCUGGUGGUGGAUACUAGUCAGUACUAUCAGUCUGCAAGUAUGCACUUCGCCAACGGUCCGCGUGUCCAUGAGUACAUCAAGCAAAUGCAUGCAGAAGUACUUUCUAAAUACGACCUCAUCACCGUUGGAGAGACGCCAUUCACCCAUGACGCCUCACAGCUGGCGGCGUACGUUCUCCCCCAAAACAAGGAGCUCAACAUGGUGUUCAACUUCGAACUGAUGGACCUCGAUUCGCCGGAUUACUCCCCACUCGUGCGCAAGGCCUGGACGCUUGCGGAGUUCAAGGACGUGAUUAGACGGUGGCAACAGUUCAAGCGAGACGAAGGAUAUUGGAAUACGGUGUUUAUUGAGAACCACGACCACGCCCGCUCAGUCUCGCGUUUCGGGAAUGACUCUAAUGAGUGGCGGGCCAUCUCCGCUAAAAUGCUCUGCAUCCUCGAGGUGACACUAACGGGUACAUUGUACAUCUACCAAGGCCAAGAACUCGGUCUCAGGAACUUUCCGCGUAGCUGGGGACUUGAGGAAUACAAGGACGUCGCGUCUCAAAACUAUUAUAACCUGGUCAGGGUGCAACGGCAAAAGGCAGAGGGGAGGGAGGAUGUUGACAUGUCUGACUUGCUCGACCAUUUCCAGCAGAAAGCCCGCGACCACGCACGCACACCUAUGCAGUGGGACAGCUCACCCAAUGGAGGGUUCACCACAGGAGAACCUUGGAUGCGCGUCAACGACGACUAUGCCAAUUGGAACGCAGCGGCGCAACUUCAGGACCCAGACAGCGUCUACGCGUUCUGGAAACACGCGAUUGAGGUACGGAGGCAGCACGAUGUCUUGGUCUAUGGAAGUUUCGAACUCAAGUUACCAGAACACCAGCAGGUGUUUGCAUAUACCCGGGUUUUGGGAGAUUCCGAGGCGAUUGUGGUGAUGAACUUCGGCGUGAAUGAGGCUGAGAUUGACCCUGCGAGGCUGGGGGACCUAGAUGCCUGUCGGUCAAUUCUUAGAAAUUACGGAGCCAGCAGGGAUGAUGGUGGUAGGAGGUUGAAUCUCAGAGGCUACGAAGGCAGGGUGUACCUCAAGCAGGUAUUCUCGCCAGGCUGUGCGCAGAACUGA